AUGCUCAUCAGCUUCGGCCAGGGCUUCUUCCAGACGUGCCUGUUCUUCCGCCUCCUGCGGUUGUGGAUGAUUUUCCGCUACAAGCGAUACAACAAGUUCUGGCUCAUGUUCUGGACCGUGGUCUACUGGCUGCCGAACCUCUUCAUGAACAUCAUCUCCAACAUCCUGCGCACCUACGGCCCGAUUGUCGUCAACGGCGAGCUCGGCUGCUAUGACCACAGCUCCAUCUUCACCUUCAUGCUGGCCAUCAAGAUUGUUGUUCACUUCGGUGUCCUCUACACUUUCGCCAUUCUCAACCGCAAGGUAAAGCAGAAGUACUUCAACGAGUACAAGGUGACCAUCAUGCUGCUGCUUUCCAUCACGAUCGUCUACGGCAUGUUCCUGGGCGUGUUCGUGCCGCGUCUGUACCGCCGGCCCUACGGCUAUACCAUUGUGCUGCUGAUUCUGUUCGUGGUGCACAUCAUGUUCUGGGUCCAUGUCGCCGUGCCCUUCUACCACUACAUCUUCAACCGCGAGGAGUACCUGAUGGAAUUCAGCCACAGCAUGCGCCUGGACUACGACUCCUCCGAGGACAGCAAGAGCCGCAAGGAGGCCCGCAAGAACUCGACCGGCGUCUACAGUGAAGGCUCCAUGGCUCAAGAGUCCGACAUCGAGCUCGGCCAGCUCCAAAAGCACGAUCCCAGCCAGGACUCACAUGUCUCCGCAGUCUGAGCAUGGGCAAACGUGCCUUUGCUGCUGCUGCUGCUGCCGACAUCCUUUGCCUCCCUGGCACCAUCUCUCGCUCCCUC